AUGGCUGUUGAUUGGUUGAAAGGACUGUCCAAUGUUAGGCACCUUCCCCCCACACUGCUUCUAUUAUUACCUCUUGCACCCCAACCCACUCCUCCUCCUGGGCAUCCUCUCAUGCUGGCUGGUCCUACCCCUCACAUCCAAUGGCACCCUGCUCCCAGCCACCCUCUUGUGCCUGCUCCCCAGUUGAUCUGCAACAGCUGGAAUCCUCAUUUCCAGCAGCCCCCUCUGUCAAACUUGACCUUGGCAAAAUCUCACUUGAAAGUGUUGUAA